AAUUAGUUGUACAGAAAAAGAAGUAAUGGAAAGUUGUCAGCAGCAGAAGAAGAAACCCUAAAACUCUAUCGCCCCCUGUUUACUUGGAACAUUCUCAUCCCACGCAGACGCGCACGCACGCAGAUCACUCAACCGCCAUUGCUGAUUGCUUUCGGUUUUGGGGUUAGAAAUGGCAGAGAAGACGGUUGAAAUCGUGGACGAUCAGGCUGAGAAUUUCUUCGAUGCCGAUCAGGCGGCGGAGUUGGGCCGCAAGGUCGAGGGUUUUGAGCGGGAGAAGCUCGAGCUCCAGCGCGAGAACAAGGAGACGAAAGAGAAAAUUCAGGAACUGACGGCGGAGAUCGAGAAAUUAAAGAGCAGCGAGAAGGAGACGAAGGAAAGGCUCAGGGAGAUGGAGUUAGAGAUUGAACGGACCGAGGAGGGGAAAGAUGUGCUGGAAUCGGUUGCGAAUAGAGCGAUGGAGCUUGAGACUGAGGUAGCGAGGCUCCAACACGAUCUGAUCUCUGCCAUGGCAGAAGGGGAGGAUGCAAAUAACGAAGUGGCGGAGCUGAAGCGUGUGUUGGGCGAGAGGGGGGAGAAAAUUGAUAGCUUGGAGAAGGAGCUCGAGAGCCUGAAGAAGGCGAAGGCUGAUAGUGAGAAGAGGAUUAGGGAAUUGGAGAGGAAGAUUGGGGUUUUGGAAGUGAAGGAGACUGAGGAGAAGAGCAAGAAAAUUAGGGUUGAGGAGGAGAUGAGAGAGAGACUUGAUGAGAAAGAGAGUGAGCUUAGCUUGUUCAAGAAGAAAGUGGAGGAUUUGGAGUCGGUGAUUGUGAAGAACAAUGCUGAAUUGGGGAAGAGAGUGAGUGAGAAGCUCAAUGUCGAGGCGGCGCUGAGGGAAUCAGAGGAUAAGUGCAGAGGCAUGGAAAUGAAGUUGGGAAAAUUGCAGAAGGACGUGCUGGAUGCUGAAAAGGUUAUUAAUGGAUUGAAGGAGAGGACUGUUGGGGAAAUUAAUGGGACUGUGAAUGAAGUGAAGGAGAUUUCUAGAGAGACAGAGUCGAAAGGAUUGAGCUUGCCAGUUGUGGCAGGGUCCACUGGAGUCGUUGUUGCCACAGCAGCUGCUGUUGUCUAUGUGUUGUAUGUAAGGCAGAGGUGAUUGGAACGCAAUGCGGCAUAGAGGAAAAAAAUCCAGGCAGGCUUAAAACUAGAGGUUAGGGUUUAUUUGGUUAAGAGCAUAUGUCGCAGUUUUGAUAGAAUUACUGAAUGCUUUUUUGUUGGCUUUUGGUUUUUUGCGAGCCUAUCUUGCUAGCUCUAUCAGUUUGGGAUGCUGUUUUGUUUAGCUUUUGCUUGCUUGGUUGGAAAAAAUAAAAAACUCCAUAUAUGUAGUUUCGAAGGAUUUAUCAUACUUUGGCUAUAACUAUUUUGUAUUCGUACCCUGUGUGCUCCAAGCCAUAUUUAAUUGCUGGAAUAAACAAAUACUGCAUGACGGUUUUUUGCUAA